UGAAAGAAAAGGAGAAGUUUUUUGUUGGUGCUUGAUACUAGUCAGAGCUCACUUUACUUUCAGCAGCACUGUUGUCGACUUGUGAUCUUUAAGAAAAAUGUGUGUUACCACUUUUUCUUUCUAAAUUAGUUUGCACUCAAAGGGUAGAGCUGGCUAAGAUUUUAAAAAAAGUAUUUUGUUCUGUUUUACGGACAUUAUUGGUCCUAUUUUUGUCUCAAGUCGGUGUCUUAACGUGAUUUUUAUAUCACCGGAAGCCAUGAGUUCCUCGGUAAAGAACAUAGGAGGAGAUGGCAACGGUGCAAGUUUUGACCUCAUCCAAAACCGGAUUGAGUCACUCAGUGGCAAGAUGGACAAGCUCAUCAACAUUCAAGAAAAGGUCCUGAACCGAUUAGAUAGCAUGUCUCAGGACAUUGACGUCAUUGAAAUGGAUAUGGAGAAUCUGAAGGUUGAGAAAGAGGAGAUCCAUAUGCCACCCAAAAUGGGGAACCAGACCCAGUUCAUGGGGCAAGAGGUGAGGAAGAUAUGCCAAGAGAUGAGCACCAUAAUGUUGGUGGUGAACCAGCGGUCCGAGCAGCAGACUCAGAAGCUCGAAGGGAUGGAAAAGCUGGUCCUCAGCAUGCAGCAGGUGAUCAGCUUCAUUGGGGAGACGGUGAAGAAUUCCAGGGUUAUGGAGCUGAUUUCUCAUGGCGCUGCUGCUCAGAAGGGCUCCAAACCCAAAGACAGUAAAAGCAAGCAAGCCGUGAAGAGGAGAUCCUCUACGGACACAAUAAACAAGAAGCUUGACAAGAACUCUACCUCUAAUAAAGCCAGUAAAGGGAAUCAAGAGAUAACUCCUGCAUGUGAACCCAGUUCUCGAAUGACUUCUCACAAGAUAAAGCUCCAUGGAACAAAACAUUACUACACCUCUUGCAAAUGUGGCAAAUUUUUAAAGGACCACAAAGCUAAAGAUGGGACAUUGAGCCCAAAGGGUCUGAAAGCUCAAAAGAAGACGAAGCCUCCAGACACAGCAGAAAACAUCUCCUUGAAGAAGCAAGUGUUGCUUCUCGAAGGGGUGCAGAAACUCAACAGGGAAAAUGCAGAGAAUUCAGGUCACCAGCUCAUCCCUGGGAAUCUGGAUUUGGAGGCUGGAGUGUUCCCGAAAGAUCAACAACCCGACACCGCUGCUGGCAAAUCGUUGGACUACCUGCGUGAAGAUACCCAAGCGGCCGUGGACGAGAAACACAAGGUCGUUGAAGCGGUUAGUGAGGAAGGUGUCGGAGAAAAGGAGGAUGAGGAAGAAGCGGCGGUUCCUAAAAAAGUAGCCAAAGCCCUACUCUUGCCUGCUGCCCAUGAGGAUAAAAAAGAGCCGACUGCUAAAAGCAGUAAUGACCAGAAAUCAAAGGUCAUCAAAUUCUGUGUGACCGAGCAACUCUUUGUUGUGAAGGAACACACAAAGAGCCAGGUGGUGGUGGUGGAGGAGAAGAAGGAGAAGGAAGAGGAGGAGGAGAAGGCGGUAGACCCCGAGGAGGGCGAGCAGAAGCUUGCGUCUGAAGGCUGGGCCGUCUUCAUGGCAGAUGGAGUUCAGUUCCAGUUGAACCUGAAAGAAAGGGUGGAGAGAGAGAGAAAGGAGAAGGAUGCAGAGAAAGAUGCAGAAGAGGAGGAGGAGGAUGAUGAGGAGGAGGAGGAUGACAAACCAGAGCGGUACUUUAUUGACACCUCUCCUCCUCCAUCGGCUCCUUUCAAUCACCGCAUUGUUUCUGUCAAGCCCAACCAGAUCUUCAACUUCUACACCGUCAACUGGCAGGAUGUCUUGGGCGGGGGGCGUUUUGGCCAGGUGCACAAAUGUGUUGAAAACUGCUCCGGUCUCACUUUGGCAGUGAAGGUCAUCAAAGCCAGGAGUCUGAAAGAAAAGGAGGUGGUGAAGAAUGAGAUCCAGGUCAUGAAUAAUCUGGACCAUGCCAGCCUGAUCCAGCUCUAUGCAGCUUAUGAGUCAAGGAAUGACAUCAUCCUUGUACUUGAAUAUGUUGGUGGAGGGGAGCUGUUUGACAGGAUCAUUGAUCAAAACUACACUUUGAUGGAGCUGGACGCUGUUCUCUUCAUCAAGCAGAUUUGUGAGGGCCUGCAGCACAUGCACAAGAUGUACAUCCUGCACUUAGAUAUAAAGCCAGAAAACAUUCUCUGUGUGAGCAGAAUCACAAAUAAGGUCAAAAUCAUCGACUUCGGUCUCGCUAGGAUAUAUAAACCGCGAGAGAAGCUGCGAGUGAACUUUGGCACUCCAGAGUUUCUCGCUCCGGAAGUCAUCAACUUCGACUUUGUGUCGUUCAACACAGACAUGUGGAGCCUCGGCGUCAUCACCUACAUGCUUCUGAGCGGUCUCUGUCCCUUCCUCGGCGACGACGACAACGAGACUCUGAACAACAUCUUGGCCUGUAAGUGGAACUUUGAGGAAAACGAGUUUGUGGAUACGACUGAGGAAGCCAAAGACUUCAUCUCCAGACUCCUCAUUGUGAAUAAAAGUUGGAGGAUAGGCGCAACUGAGGCCUUGAGACAUCCGUGGCUCUCUGACCCAAUUCUUCAUCACAGCCUUCACACCAAGAAAACUAUGUGCAGAUCACGGCGUUCAUCUUGUGUGCCCAUGACUGAUAGUUGAGGGCUACAACGAUGUGAUGGCUUCAGCCGUGGCCACUUGGACCAACCUUCCUGUCCACGUAAAUUACCUUAAUUUUCAGUCUAUGGGCUGUAAUUCUGGCGAGCCCACAAACCCUGUUCUGACAUGUUAUGUAAUGUAAUGUUAUCCACUGUUGAGUUUAUGUCAGCAAUAUACAAAAACAACAUAGAGACAAAAGAAGUUUUGUUUAAUUGGGAUUACACGUGGAUAGUCCUAUCAUGCAUUAGACUGCAGUAAUGAAAAAGUAAAAAUAAAAAAAUUUCAUAACAUAUUUUGUAUUAUUAUCUGUCAACUCAACUGCUUCGGUUGUUUGUGUUUGUUAUUUGUUCAAUCACCUCAUAUGUGGCAUUUGAAAACAAUGCCAAUGUCACAGUUGGACCUACUGUUAUUAGACAUAUAAUAUCAUCAUAUAAGAGCUUGAUUGUGUGUCUUGAAAGUUGAGGUGUCAAUGUACUAUCUACUUAAAAAAAACCACUCAUAUAUCUCAAACCAAAUACACUGUGCUGUUAUUGUGUUUUGCUUUUGUUUGAAGGCUACAGCAUGAUUUAAAUUACGUGACUGUAAUACUAUGUGUUGCAUUUAUUCCCCCUGUUGUUAUCCAAUAAGUAUUAUUAUCGGGCUGUAAAUAAAUGCUGAACUGUAGAUUUAAUAUUUUAUAUUUUCACAUGGGGAUUGACUUUCUGGAUGUGUAUUGUAUUUAUAGACAGAAUGGAACUUGUGCGGUUGGUAUCAUGAGCUUUAGUAUGUGCACUUUAUAAUUUAAUUCAUUUGAUCAUACAUUAAGCAACCGUAGUUCCUUAGAAAAGGUUUGUGUGGUCAGAUAUGUUCUUCCUACUUCUGUUUCAUCCUGCUUUGUCCAGGUGUUUAUAAAGAAAAUAUAUUUUGAUUUCUUAAUAAACCAAAACAGUCAAGGUCUUAUAAGUGUAUAAUUGUAGAUCUUAAUUGCACGUGUCUAUGGGUUUUAUCAACCAUUGAAGCUUCAAUUAGACCGACAGAAAUAUCUUUUUAAAACUCUUUUUUUUCACUCUAGCUGCAUAUUCCUUCGAUGCUUUUUUCACAAAACAAAUCAUGCCUUCUGUGAAGGUUCACUAACUGAAAGUAAAACACUAACUACCUAAUGUGGUCUAAGUUGGUGAAAUGUUAGAUCUACAUUCAUGUGGUUUUAAUUGAACUUGAUUGUGAAUGUUACUUUAAUUGUUGUUGAACACAGAGUGCUCGUGAGAAGUUGUCCUCACCGAGUGUUAACAAUUUCAAAUUCAGCAUGUAUUUGUGAAGUGUGUGUACACAUCCAUUAAACUGAAAUAAUGACCGAA